AUGAAAACUCCGACCGGCGAUGGAGGAGAAGCGCCGGCCGGCGACGACUAUGGUGGAGAGGACGCCGACAGCCGUCCGGUGGCCGGGGAUGGAGGGGAGGAAGAUGAACAGUUGCUGCACGAAGAAGAACCCCAACCCGCCAUGGAAGAAGAAGAGUCGGCCUCCUCUAAUCCGGCGACCGAAGGUGACUCCCAUGGCAGCCCAACGUCUGUGGAGGUGGAAGGAACGUCGGUGAUGAGAAAUGGUGAAGAAAUGGGUGGUGAACAGCCGGAUCUGGAACUGAGGUCUCGCGCCGUCAACAAUGGCGGAAAUGGGUCUUCGUCUCCACGCGACUUCAACUUGGACGCCGACAGCCGUCCGGUGGCCGGGGAUGGAGGGGAGGAAGAUGAACAGUUGCUGCACGAAGAAGAACCCCAACCCGCCAUGGAAGAAGAAGAGUCGGCCUCCUCUAAUCCGGCGACCGAAGGUGACUCCCAUGGCAGCCCAACGUCUGUGGAGGUGGAAGGAACGUCGGUGAUGAGAAAUGGUGAAGAAAUGGGUGGUGAACAGCCGGAUCUGGAACUGAGGUCUCGCGCCGUCAACAAUGGCGGAAAUGGGUCUUCGUCUCCACGCGACUUCAACUUGGAUGAGUUCCUCACUCUCGCACACAAAGUAAUCGACCAUGGCGACUCACAGGCAAUGGAUGCUCUUAACGAACUGAAACGACGAUGGGAGGCUCGAUUUGGGAUUGAGAAGUCGCGGUUGCCGGCGAAAAGCUUGAAUGUUGACGAACACCCGUUUGCUCGCGAGUUGAAACAGGUAUGCCGGAGACGUACAACACAGGCGACGAUGAUACUAGGGACCAGAAUGGCAGCGACACUUUAG